AUGAAGAUUCUCGUUCAGACGAGCAAACAUGUCCUUACCACAACACAACAAGAGCGGAAGAUGCAUGUCUGCUUUGGAGGUUCCUUGCGGCUGCUGCUGACCUUGCCGAUCAAGAUUAACGUACACACCAGGGAGAGCGUCGACUCCAUUCCCUACGAUACUCCAUGGACAAGAGAACAUGCCGAAGUUCUCAAGGACAGGUGGGAUUUCAUCAUCACCACCACCACCAUCAUCAUCACCAUCAUCAUCAUCACCACCACCACCACCACCACCACCACCAUCACCACCGUCACCACCACCGCCAUCCUUCUCCUCCUCCUCCUCCUCCUCCUCCUCCUCCUCUCCUUCUUCUUCUUUUCUGAUGAUGACGAUGCUUGCUGCUGCUUGGUUCUUGGUUCUGCUGCUCCUGUCCUCCAACUUGCUGCGUUUCUACCUUGCAGGUGCUGCCCAAGUCACGAGUGGACCUGUCGAGAGUUCACGACGACGAGGAGCACGUUGCAUGCAGGAAUUUUGCAUGCGGUAGAACGGGGGACGGCAAGUCGGGAGGAGAGGAAGGAGAGCGAGUGUGCUGCCGGACCCUCUCGUGUCGAUCUCUCAACCCCUCGCCUCCUGAUUUUCAUUGUUGGAGUGCCUGGCUCGGGGAAGACCGCUAUUCUCAAGCGCAUAGCUAAGAACAUGAUCAGGCUGCACCAGCAGGGAAAUCAAGACCCGACGCUCGAACAAGUCCUGCAGCAGCUGGACAGGAACUGGAGGAAGGGCCCGCCUGGGCAUGGCGGGGGCUGCGACGAGACGCACGUGCACGUGUCGGCGGACGAGAUGAAGACAAUGCUGUCCUCGGAGAGCGUAUGGAGUCCGACGACAAGAGGACACGUCAUCAACGACGACGACAUGACCAGAAGGGCCAACGAGUUGCGGGACGACAAGAGCGAGCAAGACGUUCUGGUGCACUCCCAGUACCUCCACCGCGAGUCAAUCUUUCUGGCGGACGAGAUGUUCCUGCUCGGGGUCAGGCGCAGGAGGCACAUGGUAAUGGAGAAGACGAUGACAAGCUUCCAGCAGGUUGACAAGUACAUUGACAUUGUCAACAACUGCUCUGCUGGGUCCCCUGCUGGGCCCUGUGAAGCCUCCCCGAACUUCAAAGUCGUCAUCCUGGCAGCAGAGGCCGAGCUGGACGCAUGUUUGCGGGCCAACGACCAGAGGCGUCAAAGUGGACACGUGCUGACUCGCCGCCAGAUCCAAACGCAGCACCAGCGUUUCCGCCGCACUGUCGAGCAGCUGCUGGGCAGAUCUCGACAGGGCAGCAAGGAGGGGCCGUCAACCCUGACCCUGUGGGUCUUCGACACGACACCCGUGCUCGAGAGCCUAAUGAGGAAGGAGGGUCUGCUGGAGGCCAGCAAGAGGAUUCGGCUCAAGUCAAAGUCAGUCAUCAGCGUAUAA